GCGGCCGCGGCCCUCGGUGGGAUCCGAGAGGACAGAUGAGCCCCCUUCUCUGGGAGGGGACCAGGGGCGCAGUGUCCCGAGCCUUGGAGGCGAGAGCGCCCUGGAGUCGCCGGGAGCCGGGGUGGACGCCUCCGCCCCCCAGAUCUACUCGCGGAAGAUUCGGCUCGCGCACUGGCAACGGGACGCCCAGCCGUCAGAGGGGCGUGAGUUCUGCGUCUGGGUGGAACACAGAAUGGGCUGAACUGGAACCCACCCAACCGGCAGCCAAAGGAGCCGUCCAGCAUGCUGUGCCCACCCCAGGCUGAGGCGCACUGACCAUGAGCCUCAACUCCUCCCUCGGCCACAGGAAGGAGCUGAGCGACCUCCCCGCGGAGGAGAGCGGGCCCGGGGGCAGCGGUGUCCCCGAGUUCGUGGCCAUCGUGGUCAUCGCCGUGUUCGUCUGCCUGGGCAACCUGGUGGUGGUGGUCACCCUGUACAAGAAGUCCUACCUCCUCACCCUCAGCAACAAGUUCGUCUUCAGCCUGACGCUGUCCAACUUCCUGCUGUCGGUGCUGGUGCUGCCCUUCGUGGUGACCAGCUCCGUCCGCAGGGAAUGGAUCUUCGGGGUCGUGUGGUGCAACUUCUCCGCCCUGCUGUACCUGCUCAUCAGCUCGGCCAGCAUGCUCACCCUCGGGGUCAUCGCCAUCGACCGCUAUUAUGCCGUCCUGUACCCCAUGGUGUACCCCAUGAAGAUCACGGGCAACAGGGCCGUGCUGGCGCUGGUCUACGUCUGGCUGCACUCCCUGGUGGGCUGCCUGCCCCCGCUGUUCGGGUGGUCGUCGGUGGAGUUUGAUGAGUUCAAGUGGAUGUGCGUGGCCGCCUGGCACCGGGAGCCCGGCUACACUGCCUUCUGGCAGAUCUGGUGCGCACUGUUCCCCUUCCUGGUCAUGCUGGUGUGCUACGGCUUCAUCUUCCGCGUGGCCAGGGUCAAGGCGCGCAAGGUGCACUGUGGCACGGUGGUCAUCCUGGAGGAGGACGCCGGCAGGAGCGGAAGGAAGAACUCCAGCACCUCCACCUCGUCCUCGGGCAGCAGGAGGAGCGCCUUCCAGGGAGUGGCCUACUCGGCCAACCAGUGCAAGGCCCUCGUCACCAUCCUGGUGGUCAUCGGUGCCUUCAUGGUCACCUGGGGCCCCUACAUGGUGGUCAUCACCUCCGAGGCCCUCUGGGGGAAGAAUUACGUCUCCCCAGCCCUGGAGACCUGGGCCACCUGGCUGUCCUUCACCAGUGCCGUCUGCCACCCGCUGAUCUAUGGGCUCUGGAACAAGACUGUCCGCAAGGAGCUCCUGGGCAUGUGCUGUGGGGACCGCUACUACCGGGAGCCCUUCGUCCAGCGGCAGAGGACCUCCAGGCUCUUCAGCAUUUCCAACAGGAUCACAGACCUGGGCCUGUCCCCGCACCUCACGGCCCUCAUGGCAGGAGGCCAGCCCCUGGGACACAGCAGCAGCACGGGCGACACUGGCUUCAGCUGCUCCCGGGACUCGGGGACAGACGUGAUGCUGCUGGAAGACUGUGCCUCUGAGGACACCCCGCCCGCCCACUGCACCUGCCCGCCCAAGAGGAGGAGCUCGGUGACAUUUGAGGAUGAAGUGGAGCAAAUCAAAGAAGCUGCCCGGAACUCUGUCCUCCAUGUGAAAGCCGAAGUACACAAGUCCUUGGACAGCUAUGCAGCCAGCUUGGCUAGAGCCAUUGAGGCUGAGGCCAAAAUCAACUUAUUCGGGGAGGAGGCUUUGCCGGGUGUCUUAUUCUCAGCACGAACUGUCCCAGGGGCUGGCCCCGGGGGUCGCCGAGGCAGCAGGGCUCUUGCGAGUCAGCGGCUGCAGCUGCAGAGCAUUGAAGAGGGGAACAUUUUAGCUGCAGAAGAGAGAUGAGGGCCCCAGGAAGGGCUGGGCUGGAUGGAGCCAGGGGUGCUGGCCUUCACGGAGUCCCCGGCCAUCUGUGCCAGGGCCUGGGACAUGUCAUCACGCUCAGGGAAGGAAGCGCCUGGUGUGCAGCCGCGGAGGGACUGAAAAUGAUGGCACCGGUCUGUGACUUCAGUAUCUGCUGUGAGAUGUGUGUCGGCUGCUUCUGGGUCCCAGUGACAGAACCAGAGGCAUCUGAAGCACCCAGGGAAGAUGGAGGUGUGGCCCACAGGAGGAGCAGGGACUUGGAGGAGACCACUGUACGGACCCUUUUCUCUUCUUCACAACCUGUACCAGGAGUCCAGCCGCACACUGUCCCCGACGCCUUGGGCAGAAGCGGCCUAGUGUGGCUGAGCGCAGCAAGGCACUCCCUAACCUGCAGCUUGUCCUGAGCUUUGUGGGCUCCAGGCAGGCAGCAUGGGGCAGCCACAGGUACCCAAUAGUCCACGGGGAGCAUCCAGGAGCAGGGAUCUGGUUAGGACCUGGCCCACAGGCUGCAGGACCCUUCCACCUCCCCACUGGCAGAUUUUUUGGUAUUUCAAAAGAAGGGAGAAACCACUAUAAAUAAGACAGAAAAGGCAGGUACCAAGUGUUCCACUUCCAGAAUUUAACAAGCAAACACAUCUGGUGAGGACAGGUCAGUGCGUCACUGAGACUGACUAGGGUUGUGGCACCAAGCCAAGCCAAGAAACAGACACUGUUAGUAGGAGGGCAGUUUCUGCUGGUCCUGUCUAAGUGCCCUGUGAGAAGGGCUGGCCUCGGGGCCACACGGCUACUCCUGGGAGGAAGUUCCUGUUACUGUGGCCCGGGGGCAGCACAGGAUAGAAGGCACUGUACCUGGACUAGGCAAUUCGAGUCCUGGGCCCGGCUCUGCCUCGGCCCCCACAUCAUGGGACACCCUGUCACCUCUCGACAUCCUUUGUAAAAUGGGAAAGGGGAGUGGGGAGUUGACCUGUGGUCUCCGAGAUCAUUUCUAGCUUCUGCUCUUCUAGGAUAUCGCUGAAUUGAUAAAUUAGAUACAGGGAAAAAACCUUCGGAAGUGGAGCACGAGACCAGAACUGGUACACCUGGGUGUAGCUCCUGAUGGGUGUGAAGCACUGCCAGUCCGCCCUGGCCAUGGCCUGUGUGGCUUGCUGUUUGGAGCACAGCCCUGACGGAGUGCCCAGCCACAAGAGUGAGGGAGGAGGAGGGUGUGGCCCCAGAGGUGGAGGCACAGUGGUGAGGUGUUUCUGUGGCCAGGUUCCUCUCUUCCUGUUGAUUUGCAUCAGCCCUUGGAGUGUGGGCUUGUAGUUGCUGUGGUGAACUCCCUCCUGUGCUGCCCUUCUGCCUGGUGAUCACCCAAGCCAAGUUCAGGACUCUCCCUUGCCCUGGUCAGCAGGGGUACUUCCAGAACUUGCUGUGGAUGCUUCCAAAGUGUGCCUCUUGGGAGUCUCACCAUCCUCUGGAGAGGCAGCCUUUGCCGUGUGGCAGAUACCAGUGGCUGGCUGGUCCCUGCCCUGCAGCUCACGGAAGACCUUCUAUGAGGCUAGGGCAGCCACCUCAUAGUGCCUGACCUCAACAAGGCAGGUACACUGGCUUCCGCUGCUGGCCCACAGGCAGCCCACGCUCCCGCUGCCAGGUGGUGUCCGUUUUCUAUGUAUAUCUGUGUGCAUCCUGUCCUGUUUCAGAAGGGACCAUGUUCCUGAUUAGUAUGCACAGAGGUAGAACAGGGCAGAACCUUACCUCUGGAAUGAGUUCCUGUUUAGGGAUUUCUGAGUGCAGUAAACUGGCUUGGGACCCAAGGGCUGAGGAAAUCUCCCGAUUAUGCUGCUCUAGGGAAGGAAUGCAGACUCCAAGCCCCCACUGCUGGCCACAGACCAGCUGGGAUACAGUAGGAUCUAGUCUGAAUUAUCCUAGAAAAACUGCAUCUCACAAAAGGAUUCACCUUCCUUACUGAGUGAGGUCCAUUCAUUUUACUCUUCUACUGGACACUGCACACUUGCUGUUUGCGAAGCACCAAGCUAGGUGCUAGGGGCAAGAACACUAGAGUAUUUUCUCCCUAAUUUUGGGAGAAAUACCUGGGAAAUGUGAUUCUAAUACAAGUCAAGUAGUGAUUCUAGAAAUAGAGGUGGGUAUUUCCAACCAGGGAGUUAUGGAGACCCCCAAAUUGGUGACAGUGCGGCUGUCUUGAAGGAUGUCUGGAAACUAGAACCAUAUUCUGCAGUAUUCAGAAAUUCAGAUUGGCUCGGUUGAGCUAGAGGGAUGUGUGUGCAGGCACCAGGGGGCAAGAACAUUCUAUAGUCCCCAAGCAUUUUGGAGAACACUGCUUUUGCAGCUCAGAACCCCCAGCUAAACCCACGCUCAUACGUGGUGAACCCAUGGACAGUGCAGGUGGGACAUCUGGCCACUUUUAUUUAAAAACCUCAGUCCUGGCAGGGGUGUAGCUCAAGGGUAGAGUGCUUGUCUACCAUGCAUGAGAGUCCUGGGUUCAAUCCUCAGGACCACGAAAAAACAUAACAAAACACAACAAAAAUAAAAAUCCAGACCCACAUCUUCUGGAUUUGUUGAAAGGGGAAAACUUGUAGGGCUUUUGCAAGUCUUUGCUUGUUUCACUGAGAUUUACAUCUGGCUCGGCCCUGUGCUGCUCUGGAUGCCAGCAGUGGGGGCUGCUGUGGCCCAGGAGGCACAGGGCCCCACGCGGAGGAACCCAGCUCAGCACCUGGCCCUUUCUCUGGCCACGUGAAGAUGAGCUCAGGUCCUGAGACGCCAGGUGGCAGCAGCAUGGCUGAGAAUGAGAGGACUGGUGGCUGAGGGCCACCCUGCUUUGAUCCUCCCCGCCCACUGUUCCCAUUCAUUUAGUUACCACCUCUGCUCAGCUGUAUGGCCCUAAGCUAAUCAGCUCCUGGAGCAGUGGGUGGAGAGUCAAGACAGGACCACCUGAUGCUCAGGUUCCUUGAUUCUCAUUUGCAGAGCUGCUUGGGGUCUUUCUGCAAAGAAUCGAACCACCAAUACACUAACUCAAUAUUUGCAACAGGCCAAGGCAGACAGGGCCAGAGCAGGAGAGGGAGGAACAGUGCACUGACUGGGAGGGACUGAGCACUGUGAGCUCUGACAGCCUGCCCCAGAAGCGGGAUGCUGGGGUUCUGUGGUGUGCUCAGGCUGCCGCCUAGUGGCUGGGUCUUCUGGGCAAGCUGCUUGGUUUCAUGUGCAAAGUUCUGGAAUCUGUUUCGGUGUGAGACACAAGAGUUUAGGGAGGAGUCCCUCAGAGGGAUGACAGGAACGUGGGCAAAGCACCCAGGGAGGGCCUAGGCUGCGGGAGAGCAGGGCCAGUGGCUCUUCUCCUCAGGCGCUCCCCGAUCAGGUUGGAUUGUUCCUUUUACAGGGGUCUCCCUGGCAAAAAGUGAGAAGUUGUUGAAAGAUAACUUUAUCCUAGAAUGGAGGUGCUGACAGCUGUCAUUUGCUGAGCAGCACAAAAGGACUGUGAGGAAGGGGACGGCAACAGGGAGGUAGGGAGGGAGUGCUGAGUAGCACCAGGAGCCUAAGGAGUCUGAGGGAGCAGGAGCCUCUACUAGAAACGCCCUUCCCCCAUGCGAAUGGCUCUUUGCAAAGACAACGUGCUUCUGUGUCGCCCUGAAUGACCAUGAGAGAGGAUGAGUCCCAAAUCACGAUCUUAAUUCUACAGAGCAGGGGCAUCCUCACUGGGAGGUGCUCCUCAGGUGGUGAGGACAGCUCUCCCCAGCAGUGACAGGCUUGAUGGGUUGUGGCUCUUUGGUCACAGCACCCAGAGCUCCAAGCCUCUGAGGGAGGAGGCAGAGACAGGCAUCCAUGCUGCUACCUGCAGUGAACACAGAACCCACAGGGGAGAGGAAGUCAAUCUCAGCCUGAUGCUUGGAAAAAUGGCCAUGACUAGCCAUAAAUGAGGAUGGGAAGGGCAGACCAACGCCAUCCUUAUGGUCAGAGAGGGGACAAACAAUCCAGGAAGGCCCAAGAAAACUGCCUGAGGUCUCAAAGAGUUAAGCCAAAAGCAGGGCCAAACUCCAGGUCUUCUCCACAAAGAGAGGGAGUCUUCUCUUUGUAGCCCCAGAGGAUGAGGGAUAGUUAAAAGUCGCUGUUAACACUGGGUGCAGUGAUAGCCGCCUGCAAUCCCAGUGGCUAGGGAGGCUGAGGGAGGAGGGUCGCCCUUUCAAAGCCAGCCUCAUCAACUCAGCAAGACCCUGUCUCUAAAUAAAAUAUAAAAAGGGCUGGGGAUGUUGCUCAGUGGUUAAGCACCCCUGGGUUCAAUCCUUGGUACCAAAACAAAAAACAAACAGUCACUGUUAUCAGAACAGGCCAGAGGCUCUGUAAGGUAGGCAGAAAGAACUACCAUCAACCAAAGGGCAUGGGAGGUGUUAAUAUCUGCAGCCUGAUCUCAAAAACUGAAAACACAAGGAAAGCAAUUAAGAUUUGUUGAGAAGAAUUCAAAGCACAAACCCAAAUCUGCAUAAGAUUACCAGGAACACAGUUUUGGCCAGUGUUCCUUUUAACACUGGAUAUAAUCCACAUAGCUGUGUUCAUUUCCCUCAGAGGCAUUUCCUGAGCAGUCACACUCCUCCUUUCCUCCACACCACCAUUCUGAGAUGCCAUGAACCAAUGCCAAUCACCCCAACUCCUGGCAGUCAAGACCCACCGAGCGCAGCGCAGGCUGUGCCUGUCCAUCAGUGUCUGCACACGCCCAAGGGACAGUCCUGCGCUGUGUUCUGACAAUGGACACCUGAAUGCACUGGGUGUUAAAAGCUGCACUACAAACAAAAAGCCCAACUAAUCCUGAAAUACAUUUAACUUGAAUUUUUGGGAUUUUCUUUUUUUGAAGAAAAAUGUUUAGGAUUAUAAUCAAUAUUUAUAAAUAAGUGUUAUUUAGAAUAGGUUUGUCUGAUUAAAUGUGUUUCUGGUACAUGUAUAGUGGUAGAAAUUGUGACUCUGCACUGGGACUUGGGCCUGUGGAUGAUUCUGGGUGCCUCUCCCCUCCCCGUUUUUGCAGUCCUGUUCCUAUCUCUGGCCUCCCCUGAGGGAGAGGACUCCGGGGCAGAUUAUUACUCAACAGGUAUAUCCAUUCAUGCAUUUUCAUAACUCCCCAUGGCAAUUACAUUCAUGGAAUAUCAUUAAACGAAUAAUUCUCAGCAUGCCCAAAAAACACUCUUAAGCCCAAAGUUUUAAAAGGAGAUUUAAUGAACAUCAGUGGUUUAUCAUUUAUCCAUCAAUCAAAAGAUAUGUAUUCUCUGUCCCAUAAGCAAAGUCAAAGAGGGUGAGAGGCAGAUCAUAUCAUUGAGAUGUAGCAACAGAACCCACCACUUUUGCCUGACCCUACUGUCACCGCUGAAGCCACCUUCUGUUUCCUGAGGGAGCCCCAGGGUCCAGCCUUGCUCCUUGGGCCUCUAUGGAACGCUUCCUCUCACUGCCGCCUCCCUGCAAGUCUUGCCCUAAUCCUGAGUUACUGAGUCUGUGGUUUCCCUAUGGACAGAGGUCCUAAUUCCUCUGACAAGUUAAAAAAAAUUUUCAGAGCAGUUUCAGGUUCACAGGAGAACUGUGCAAAGCAGUCCUGUACCUCUCGCCCUCCCCCAGCCACAGCCUCCCCGUCAGCACCUGUGCGGGUGGAGAAAAGCCACUUGACCACCUUCUGUUACUUCUCCUGCUCUCGACCCUCCUGAGUCCUCCAGUAGCCUCUGUCCUCUUGAUUUCCCUACACCCUCUACAGCAUAUCCACGUUACUGCUUUAUCAGUGAAGAAGUGACACCUACUGUGUGCUGUGUUCCUAAAACAUCCCCUGUGACAUGGGAUGGAGGGUGUAUAAUCACCCCUGCUUCAGAGAAGAACCAAAAACCCAAAGAAAACAAAAGGCUUGAGCAGGGCACACAAGUAGCUGAGAACCAGAAACCAAAACCACGGUACCCUCCAGGAAUCGUGGCGUCAUUAACCUGUUUGCUAAGGCUCUGACCCUUCGCCACGCUGAAUAACACAGACACACCUCUAUGGCUUUGUCCACCAAGUGCCAGAUGGUGAAGCCAUUUCCCUUGCUUCACAAAGCUAACCAUCUCCUUUUGGCAGGUGGUGGCUCUGGGCUUGUGCCACUUCAGGGGGAGGAGAGGUCUCUGAUGCUCCAUGCAGGAGAGGCUCUCCUUGGCCACAGUGAGGCUGUUCAUGGCCCAGCUGAAGACAGGUUAUGUCUCAGUCCCUUUUUUCCCAGGAUAUUUAGAUUUCUGAAAAUAAAAGGUAUAUUUAAACUAC